UAAGCCUGGUAGAUGGCGUAGAACUGUCACUGGCUAGGUCAGUUGGCAACAGACCUCGGUGGGGGUCGUAAGUGCUUGUGCUGGACGAGUCUCUCAUCCGUCAAACCUCUCUCGUCGAGUUUGCACGCAAAGGAGACAAUCGAGAGGGGUGCUCGUGUGUAUUGUGACAGAAGGGCCAGAGCAGCGAGGGACGAAUUCGCGAGUGCGCCGAUAGUUCAGGAAAACCAUGGAGCUCGUCAGGAUCAUUUGACCCACGGGAACGACUCCAGGCUCGGUGGAUCGUGCUACCUCGCGUGAUACUACAAAUCGGUAUGCACUGCCUAGGUGCGGUGACAGGAGGCAUUCCCAGCCCAAAUGGGGUUGGCGGUCGGGGUGGCAUUCUUAGCGUGUUCCGAGCUCUUGGAGUCCUUGUAUGCGAAGGGAGGAUUCAGGGCCCUCCACGUGGUUACAAAGAGGGCCCACACUGUGCAGCGCCUAUGCAAACGGUGCCUAACGACCACGUGUGCGAAGAAAAUAAUUACUUGUGCGAUCGGUAUCUUGUGCUGGUUCGAGAGAUCGCGGACCGUGUCGCAAUUGGUUCGUUCCUGUGCAUCGAGGUAGUGUUGUGCAGCGACUGUCCAUGCGGUUUGACCAAAUCUAUGAGCAAGAAUCCGAUCUGCACCGUGCCGUCCUUAUCAAUCUCACCAUGGCAACAAGCUUCGGAGAUUCUAUUGGAGUACUGGUGUGUCUGCGUCGUUCCCAGCAAAGGUCCAGAGACGAUGAAUUUCUAUGGAUUAUAUCAGGCAGUUCGUUCACGACUUCACUUCAGCCAGGUCGCCGCUUGGUGGUCCCGGAGCAACGGCACCGAUCCCAGUUACAUCACGACGAGGGUGGUGCCGUAUAACGAGGAUAAUCUGAGAAAAUUCCGGGAAUCUCCAGUGGAGCACACGUUCCCCUUAGCUGGCCAGGGCGAUGGAAAUUCCAUAAAAGUCACCGUGUGGGCAUUGCCGAGGAUGGAGGAGGUGCCGAUUCUCACCUGCCCGUUGCACCCGAUCAAAGAGAAGGACGAGGAGGGUGUCGCGAGGGCUUUGACACCGACCAAGGCUAUCCCGGUUCCAACCGCCGCACAAAAUCCCGAAGGCCUCGUUUUGCCUGCUUUGGUUGACGACAGACUGCAAACACCUUGCAACAAACCUGGAAAGCACCACUGUCCCUGCGACGAGGAGGACGUUCCACCGCCAUCGCCGGCGAUUCCACGACAGAAUCGCGAGAGGAAACGUCGCCGAUCCCUUCCCUGCGGUCCAACAGACGCCAACAUCUGCGUGACAGUCCAGCCGAUGCCUCUGCCCUCGGUACAGGAGAGCGUAACUCAAGAAUCGAACAAAGAUAGCCACAGCUCCAGCUACCCGAAAUGUUCCUUCGAGAUCACGAACAAUCGCGGCGUUAAAUGCCUGCAGAAUCAGUACUGCAAAUUGGAAGAGAACAGUAUCAAAAACAGGAAGAAUCUGAACUCGGACAAUCUGGAGCGGUGUUUCAAGACGCAGCUGAACAUCGACAGCCGAGAAGGGAACCUGAAGAAAAGGUACAAACGAACGAUCGACGACCCUGAAUCAAAGUCGAACUGCAAGGAGAAACAGUGCAAUCUGGAGAAGAAGCAGAAAGACGCAGAGAUGAAACCCGCAGAGAAGAACGGGUUGUUCGAGAAUCUAAUUCAACCGUUUAAUUCGUCGUUGCCGUGGUCCUUCGUCGAAUCUUGGAACAACAGCAAUGCGAACGGGAAGUGCGCUUUCCAGAGUUUACGUGGCAACAGGGAGGCAUACUUCAACGACUCCGAGAGAAACUGUAAACCGCCAGUGAACAAGGAUUCGAGCCUUGUGAUCAAUCCCUUUAGGCAACCCAGUCCUUUCCACGAGUCAAAUCCAGGCCCCUCGACGAAUAAUCGUUUGAAGCAGGAUUCGAUGAACACCACCUGUAUGGUACAUCAGAGCUGUGUCAAGUCGUCGAACAAGCUGUCGAAUCCAGAAACAGUAUUGCCUGGACGGGAAGCUUUGGACGUGGACUUGAACAGGAGCGCAAACAACAAAGGGCGAUGCAGCAAGGAUCUGAGUCAAUUGAUAUCGAAGCUGUCGUUUCCUGAUGACAAGGAGAGAACGAAGGAGGAGGGUGGCUUCUUGGAUUGGUUCAGUAAAGUUCCCGGACGUGUUCUCGGUGUGACGCCGAACAACAGUUACGCGGAGAGCAAGGUGAAAGCCACGAAUCUAAAAGCUCAGGAGCAGCACGGAAACGAGGUGAGAUUCAAGAAUUGCAACUUGGAGUUGAGUCAACAGGAGUUCGACGAAGUUCUGGCUGUUUUGAGAGCUAGGACACCGUCUGAGCGUAAGAGGACGAGCAUCAGGACGGUGAAAAGGCGAGAGAGGUUGGAAAAAGCAACGGAGAACAGUUCGGACAAGUUGGUGGCGAAGUUCGUGAGUUCGGAGAGCAACGAGUGCUCCACGAAUAAUAUAGUGAAUCGUGCGAAGCCUUGCGAGGGUUGUAAUCACAAAUUGUGCAGGAAGAACGAUCAACAGGCUUUGGAGAAGGUCAGCUUCGUCGACAUCUACGGUAACAAGAACAUCUAUAACCCGCAGAAACGCGAGAAAUUGGAAGGCGACGGAUCGAACGAGGAUCUACAGUCGACGAAAUGUAACAACACCGAGAAACGAACGAACGACACGGUGGACUGCUUACAGAACGUCUCGAACAAGGCGGACAUACUCUUGGGAGCGAUUUUGCGAACCACCAAGGACCGAGGAGCCCAGUCAGAGGUCCCCAAUGAGGCCAAGUCGAGGCUCGCGUUACCAAUGACCAGCAACGAGGUAGAAACUAACCAGAACAACGUUACCGGUGAUGAUAAAAGUCACGAACAGAAACUGUCUCAGGAAGACGAGAAGUUUCUGCCGAUGGCAUUCAACAAGAGGUUCAAUCGGUUUCGACAGUUGUUCAAGAAGGAGCAAGAGAAGAAGUUAACCGAGGACGUUCCGCAAGACGUGGUCCAACAGACAAGUCAACGUUCAUUCUCGUACAACAACGUCCACCCCAACCUGCACGAUCCAAGGAACCUUCGCGACAGCAAAGUGAAGAGAAGGUUAGACUUUUCGAAUUUCGCUGAAGAGACGGAGAAGCGAGACGCGAGCCCCGAUCCUUCAGAGCUUAGUACAAAUGGCGCACAUCAAAACUCACGAAUCUAUAGUACAAAUUACAAGGAGUCUAGCUGCGACUACGACAAGGUCGAGACGUCCAAGUGGCAAAGUAGAUUGCAUAGUAUAAACGAUGAGGAUAGUAUAGCCGAGCACGAGGAGGAGGAAGACGAGACUCUGUCGAAACCUUGCAAGGAUUCGAGUGUUUGUAAGAAGACUCGAAACCACCUCGGUAAAGACAAUGCGGUGACAGAGGAGGAUGAAACGGUGGACAAGGCUGUACCGACUGCCAUCGAACAAGAAAGAUUUCGGCGAUCGUUGGAGAAUGCAGCCUCGAUGGUGUUUCACAGUAGAACCGGCUUACCACUAACAUCCAGCCCAGCUCCGUUGAGAAGAGGCAGCUGUUGUUUCGAUUACGAUAGCAGUCUAAAUUCUGUCUCCUCGAAAAGAAGUGCUCUAUUCGAACUAAACACACCACCAAGCCCAGGUGCAGUGUCUCUGGAAGAAACUGACAGAGAAACCGAGAAUGCUGGCGAAGGGGAGGAGACACCGAAAAGACGAUCGACUUCUCGCAGUAGACCACAGAGUCAUGCUCUUUUAGGCAGCUUCGAGGAAUCAGCUUUGAAUGGUAGACUGGAACCUGUGUCAACCGUUCAUGGUUUCACGGCGGAACUAGGUGCCAGUGGUUCAUUCUGUCCAAAACAUCGAAAGCUUCCAGUCACUGUGUUCUUCUAUACGCUCGGCGACAAUGAUAAAGUUUCUACGCCCUAUCUCGCACAUAUUAAUUUGGGCAAAAAGGGCUACCAAGUACCAAGGAGCGGUACUAUUCAAGUAACGCUUCUCAAUCCUUUGGGUACAGUCGUUAAGAUGUUCGUAGUACUAUACGAUCUUUCUGAUAUGCCACCACGAUCUCAUACUUUUUUACGUCAGAGAACUCUUCGGGACAAAACACUACGCUACCUCGUACAUCUUAGAUUUAUGUCCGGUAAGUCUGGCCGGAUUUAUUUGCAUACGGACAUUCGUAUGAUCAUCUGUCGCAAGUCAGACGUUGACACGGCGUCAGAUUUCGGGUCAGAGCCACCGAAGGAACUACGAAGCUACAUCCACGGCCCUACGAACCCGAAAUUUUCGCCAAGGUGCUGAGCCAUGUGGCUCUUUCCAUGGGGUUGCUGUCAGUCACUCCGCUCGCCUAGCCCCCUUCGCGCAGAGGUUUAACAAAGAUCAAUUUUUUUUCUGAGAUUUCCUCAGUCACGCCAACUUACGUAAAAAAAAAAAAAAAAAAAAAAAAAU